AUGUCCUACUUCCGCAUCACCCUUCUUCGGUCCGCUAUAGGCCUACCGCGCAAAACAACAGGCGUGCUGCACGCCCUGGGCCUCAAGAAGCGCAUGGCUACCGUCUUCUACCCCGUCAGCAGAGACGUGGCGGGCCAAAUCAUGAAAGUCAAGGAACUCGUUGCCGUGACGGAGGUAGAUAAGCCGCUGAGUCGGGAACAGCUUCGGUUACAACGCAAGCCGGAUCCAGGAUACUACGUUGAGAGGAGGGCGGAGGAAGUAUGGCGGGAGAAGAGGGAGGCAUAA